ACAGUUAAGUCAGUAGGGUGGACGCCUCAGUCAGCGACUCACCGUCGAGAUUUCGUCUGCUAUUUGGCCAUUCCUAGUUGAACGUAGAGCUCGUUGGUGUUCCCACGUUUUCAGAUCCACACUUUUCUGUGUGUGCCAAACAAUUUCGGUGUGAUUGAACACGUUAUUGCUUUCCUGUGGCCGGGGGGAAGGAAAGAAAUUGAACAAUUUUUCAAAUAGAACGGUCGUAAACUGGAUUGCUCUUGAUCUACAAGAUCAUCCCUGUGGGCGUGAUAGUGUCAACCGUCAAUUCUUCUUGUUUCUUGAGGUGUGGCUGGCAGGUAAACGUGUAUGGAGACGAGCAACGGAGUCCAUCAGAAGAGGAUGGCACAAGUUUGCCCGCAUCGAUGCUUUUCUGCGUUUUGCGGAUGGAAUUCCAGAGCUGCACGCCACAUGGGAUAAUCAGAAGAGGAUAUUCGUGAUCGCUGAACACCAAUUCGAUUCUACUUUAUUGGACGUCGGCUACUGUCGGGACUGGAAGAGAUUGAAAUCGACUAGUUCUAUUCCAAUGACUUCUGAAAACGUCUGGUCGGAGCAAAUGUCGGACAUGGCGGACGACGCCGGUUAUGGAACCGAUAAAAUUAUGCUGGACGACAUGGUGGGUUUGGAAGAGCUAAUGGCCCUCAACAUCACCAACGAGAACGAAUUGGACUGUUUGUUUAACUUCUUACGCCAACCUUAUCCACCGGAAGGCUUUGAAACUGUCUCCGCUUUCUGCAACAGCACAUGGGACGGUGUCAGUUGCUGGCCAACUACUUUGGCCAGCUCCACGUCCGUCUUGCCUUGCGUCGACGAGCUCAACGGCAUCAAAUACGACACGACACAUAAUGCGACGAGAGUCUGCCAACCGAACGGGAUGUGGGCGAAUUACAGCAACUACCGAUCGUGCGUCCCGUUGUCGACCGAUUUCGGAGGUGCAACUCCCGAAUACGGCGUCGGCAUCAGCGAGGACACGACCACCAUCUACUUCACUGGUUACACCGUCUCCAUCGUGGCCCUCACGCUCGCCAUCUGGAUCUUUAUUCACAACAAGGAUCUACGCUGCCUGCGCAAUACGAUCCACACUCAUUUACUCAUCACGUACAUCAUGGCAGACCUUCUCUGGAUCGUCACGGCUACUCUGCAGUUGUACCGUGGCGAGACCAACAAAGGAUCGUGCAUCAUCGUCAUUUUUCUGCACUACUUCCACCUGACCAACUUCUUUUGGAUGUUUGUCGAAGGUUUUUACCUCUACAUGCUCGUCGUGGAGACGUUCUCUGCCGACAAGAUACGAUUACGCAUCUACGCUCUUAUUGGUUGGGGGAUUCCGCUACCGGUGGUCAUCGUUUGGGCCGUCGUCAAAGCCAACUGGUUCACUUACACGUCCACCGAAGGCCACCAGAAGCUGGACCUGGAAUCGUUCUUGGCCAGCUGUCCGUGGAUGGCAGCCAACAGCUACGACUGGAUCUACAUGACGCCGGCUAUUGCUGUUCUCUUCGUCAACAUUCUCUUUCUUGUCAAGAUCAUGUGGGUUUUGAUAACGAAACUGCGCUCUGCUAAUUCAGCCGAAACGCAACAAUACCGCAAAGGCAGCAAGGCCCUUUUGGUGUUGAUUCCGCUCCUAGGACUAACCUACGUCCUGGUCAUCGCCGGACCGACCGAAGGUCUCAUCGCCAUUUACUUCUCACACAUUCGAGCUGUUCUUCUUUCUACUCAGGGAUUCUUGGUCACUCUGUUCUUCUGCUUUCUCAACACGGAAGUACGCAACUCGUUGAGACACCACUGGAACAGAUGGAGAACCACUAGUCGUUGGCUUGAUCAUUCCCAAAGUCUCAGCAGCCGAGAUAAUAGGUGUGGAACAGGAUUAAGUAACAAACGCAAUGCUAAGGAUGGAUUUCGAGCUACAUCCGAGAGCACCAGGUUGUAUAGCAGCUUUCAAGAAUGCAAUCAGAACAAGCGUGAUUCUGCGUUCAGUGACGUGACGAUGGUUACUGCCUACACUCCCAGUUCGGUCAUUCAUCUGAGCAAUUUCGGACCGAGCAGCAGUAGCGUUGAAGGCAACUUGGACAUGCGAGAACAAGUCGAACUUUACCUACCCAGCAAAGUGAAUAAAUCCAGAAAUUCGGUUUGUUAGCCAUCAGCUGUUGGGCGGAUAGCUAGUGGUCAUGGGGAGGAAUAACUACUUUUUAUGUACAUGUUUGCUCACAUCAACGGAUACCGGUACUCAUUUAGGAUUGUGAACAUUUGACAAUAACCGCCAGUGUAUUAUAUUCGCGUUUACAUAGAACUCUGGACCUUAGAGGAUAGAAAGAACCGACAUUCACCUGCCAACGAUUCAGUAUUGGAAUUCCGGAAGUAUACGCUCAUACAAAAACCGAAACAAAAUAAUAUGCUGCUAUACGAUUGUUACUACUUUAAAUGUAAAUAUUAUUCACGUAUUCGUCAUGGCCUUUGCUUUUUGGAUGUUUUCUCUGUGUUGGCGAUUCUCAGCGAUCACCAAAUCUCGUCGGUGUGCUAAAACUGAUGGAAUGAUGCAAAUCUUCUGAUGUGGAAGCGUGAUCCUGCCUUCAGUUGAUAACCCUUAAAGGCGCUAUUACCCGACGUCUCUCGUUCCAUACUGGUACCUUAAUAUGAACCGUAUGUCUAUAGUCCGUACGUCAAGUUUUCCUAUUGUCAAAUUCUUGACUAGUCUACAUAAUUAGGCGCAAAAUAGCUUUCUGUUUUCCUAACUGUUGAUGUUAGAUUUUCUGCUAAAAUUGGAAAUUAAGAUGUUCUAGAUGUACGACACUUCCAACCGUUAACUGAACCAUUUUUCAGCGAUAACUAAAUUCAUAAAUGUGUAAUCGACUCAAUAAAUAAUGUGUGACGUGUG